AUGGCUUUAACUUUAACUUCGACGCACCUUCGUUUUCAACCUUUACUCUCGCGCACCAACUACGUCUUCUUCUCCGACCUUACCGAAUUCCGUUCUCUCGAAACACAGAGUCGUGAUUCUCUCACUCCUCUUCUCCGGAGAAAGAUCUCCAUUACGUCACUGUCGGCUCUGAAGCCGGUGAAAUGCAGUAGAUCCACGGAGGAGAAGCAGUGGAACGAGACGGAAUCCGUUGCGUCUGACGCCGAUGAAGCUGUGGAUGAGUCAAAUGGUCCGAAUCCGAUCCGAACUUCUUCUAUUGAGCCUCAGAGGAUUGCAGGCGAUUCUCCUUCUCUCGGAAUUCGAGAACCUGUUUAUGAAGUUGUAGAAGUGAAAUCAGACGGGGCAGUAUCGACUAGAAAAAUCAACAGGAGACAAUUAUUGAAGUCGAGUGGUCUUCGUCCCCGGGAUGUCCGAAGUGUGGAUCCAUCAUUGUUUUUGACGAAUUCAAUGCCUUCUUUGCUGGUUCGUGAGUAUGCUAUACUUCUAAACCUGGGUUCGCUACGAGCAAUAGCAAUGCAAGAUUGUGUGCUUAUAUUUGACUAUAAUCGUAAAGGUGGGCAAGCUUUUCUAGACACUUUGCUGCCUAGGUUGAACCCCAAGAAUAACAAUGGAGGGCCAUCAAUGCCAUUUGAAAUUGAGGUUGUCGAAGCAGCAUUGCUUUCAAGAAUACAACGUUUGGAGCGGAGACUGAUGGACUUAGAACCCCGUGUUCAAGCUCUUCUUGAGGCGUUGCCAAAUCGGAUAACUGGUGACAUAUUGGAGCAACUACGUAUUAGCAAACAAACUUUGGUUGAGUUAGGCUCGAGGGCAGGAGCUCUCCGGCAGAUGCUUCUUGACCUUCUGGAGGACCCAAAUGAAAUACGGCGGAUGUGUAUUAUGGGAAGAAACUGUACACUUAAUAAAGGAAACAAUAAUGUGGAAUGCUCAGUGCCCUUAGAAAAGCAGGUUGCUGAUGAGGAGGAGGAGGAAAUUGAAAUGCUUCUGGAAAAUUAUCUCCAAAGAUGUGAAUCUUGUCAUGGUCAAUCUGAAAGGCUUCUUGAUUCUGCAAGGGAAAUGGAGGAUUCUAUAGCUGUCAGUUUGAGCUCACGAAGACUUGAAGUUAGUAGAGUGGAAUUGCUUCUCCAGGUUGGAACAUUCUGUGUGGCAGUUGGUGCCCUUGUAGCAGGUAUAUUUGGCAUGAACCUGAAGUCCUAUCUUGAGGAACAAGUGUUUGCAUUUUGGCUAACUACAUCUGGGAUCAUUAUUGGCGGCGUUAUUAUUUUUUUUCUUAUGUAUAACUACCUCAGAGCAAGAAAAAUAUUUUGA